CUCCAGGAGGCGCGUGGGCGGACUGAUCUUCUCCUUCACCAUCAAGCCUUCUUCUCCCCCAUCACCUCCAUUAAUGCUUCCAAAAUAAAUAAAUAUUAUUUAUAAAAUUAAAUAAAUAUUAAAUAAAUAAAUUUGGAAAAUUACGGAAACCCCGGUCCUCCGUGUUUCUCAAACAUGCGCCAUUUUCUGUUCGCCACCACCACCAUCAUGCCCUCCUCAUCCUCCUCCUUCUCAGCCGCCGCCACGUCAUCCUCCUCCUUCUCCCCAGCCCCCAAACCCAAAUCCUCAAAACCUAACUCUAACUCAAACCCUAAUUGCACCCUCCUCUGCAAGCACUCGCCCUCGGCGACCCUCGACCUCCUUAUCCUCAUCCUCGUCCUCUUCUCCGGGACCUUCCUCAUCACCUCCUACUUCUCCUACAUCUUCAACUCCCUCUCGCUUCUCGUCUCUCACUCCAACCUCCACCUCCUCCUCCACCACAUUCCCGUCCCCUACGUCGUCGGCUUCGUCGCCUUCUUCGCCGCCGCGCUGUUCGUAGUCGAGUUCUGCUGCGGCAUUAGAUCGAAGAAGUGCGAUAGGCCUGGGUGCAAGGGCUUGAAGAAGGCUAUGGAAUUCGAUUUGCAAUUGCAAUCGGAGGAGUGUGUCAAGUCCGGGUCUAAAGAUAUCGAUAGGCUGCCGUGGAAGGGCGGCAGCGAGGGCAAUCCCGAUUACGAGUGUCUCAGGACUGAGCUGAGGCGGAUGGCGCCGACCAAUGGCCGUGCCGUUCUGCUGUUUCGGGCUCGAUGCGGAUGCCCGGUGGCCAAGCUCGAAGGCUGGGGUCCCAAGAGAAAACGUCGGCAUAAGAAGGCUCUGGCCGGUAUGGCUUUUAAUGGAGGAGAUCAUCGCUGAUUGUUCAGGAUGCUUUUGGCCACCGGAGUUCCCCUUACAUGUUCGAUUACCAGUUAAAUUAUAGAUGUUCGUUUUUAAUUCCUUGUAUUCUGGACUUCACUCUCAAUCAAAACAAUUCUUUUACAUUAGUCAUAUACUCCGGCGGUGCACUUUUAUUUCUGAAACCACCUUUGUCUAGACAAGCACCUUCUCGAGCGGUUGCCCCUCGGAAGGGCAUAAUGAAUUGAAUGAGAAUAAAUAUAGCAAUUGUCGAUUGGAUA